UUCUGUUUACCAGCUGUUGGACAUAUCAGCAACAUCUCUGCAGCAGGGACCCUCCGCUGCUCUCACACACAAGGGUGCAGCUCUUACAGAGAUGGCUGUGUUACUGUGCUGCGACAGGACACUUCUGUUGGCUGUGGUCGUUUGUUUUCUGCCUCGCAUCACUUCCUCCCUCAAUUUGGAGGAUCCCAACGUCUGCAGCCACUGGGAGAGUUACUCAGUGACGGUGCAGGAGUCGUACGCCCACCCUUUUGACCAGAUUUAUUACACCAGCUGCACCGACAUCCUAAACUGGUUCAAGUGCACCAGACACAGGGUGAGCUAUCGUACAGCAUAUCGCAGAGGAGAGAAAACCAUGUACCGGAGAAAAUCCCAAUGCUGCCCGGGUUUUUAUGAGAAUGGAGAGAUCUGUGCCCCUUAUUGUGCAGAGAGCUGUGUUCAUGGCCGCUGUAUGGCCCCCAACACCUGCCAGUGUGAACCGGGCUGGGGGGGCUCCAACUGCUCCAGUGCUUGUGACAGUAACCACUGGGGACCCCACUGCAGUAACAGAUGUCAGUGCCAGAACGGAGCACUGUGUAACCCCAUCACUGGAGCCUGUAUCUGCACUCCCGGAUACAGAGGCUGGCGAUGUGAGACCCAGUGUGAAAUGGGUACCUACGGAAACGGAUGCCAACAGAAAUGUCAAUGCCAGAAUGGUGCUGCCUGUCACCAUGUGACUGGAGAAUGCAGGUGCACACCAGGAUACACCGGAGCUUUCUGUGAGGACCUCUGUCCUCCAGGUAAACAUGGGCCGCAGUGUGAGGAGAGAUGUCCUUGUCAGAAUGGUGGAGUGUGUCACCAUGUGACCGGAGAGUGCUCCUGUCCUGCAGGAUGGAUGGGUACAGUGUGCGGCCAGCCAUGUCCAGAGGGGAGAUUUGGACAGAACUGUUCCCAGGAAUGUCAGUGUCACAACAACGGCUUUUGUGUGUUGUCCACUGGACAGUGUCUUUGCACCCCUGGAUACACAGGAGAACGGUGCCAAGAUGAGUGUCCUAUUGGAACUUAUGGUGCUGGCUGCGCAAAGACGUGUCGCUGUAAGAACAACAGCAAGUGCUACCACACCAACGGAAUGUGUCUGUGUGAGCCAGGCUACACAGGGGAGAUCUGUGAGGUACGACUGUGUCCUGAAGCUCACUACGGCCUCCGGUGUGACAGGAAGUGUCCAUGUUACAUCCAGAACACACAAAGCUGCCACCCAAUGUCAGGGGAGUGUACAUGUCAUCCUGGCUGGUCUGGCCUCUACUGCAAUGAGACAUGCACCCCUGGAUUUUAUGGCACGUCCUGCCAGCAGGUGUGCCAGUGUCAGAAUGGUGCCGACUGCCGCAGUGUGAGCGGAGAGUGUAUCUGUGCUCCAGGCUUCACGGGUCCCAACUGUUCGGUCCCGUGCCCAGCAGGGACACAUGGCGUGAACUGCUCCUCCGGCUGUAACUGUAAGAACAGAGCUCAGUGUUCUCCUGUGGACGGGUCGUGCUCCUGUAAACCAGGCUGGCAUGGGGUGGACUGCUCUAUCAACUGUCCCAGUGGUACCUGGGGUCUGAGCUGUAACCUCACCUGUAUGUGUGGGAAUGGAGGAUCAUGUAACGCCCUGGAUGGUCACUGUACCUGUGCUCCUGGCUGGAGAGGAGAGAAGUGUGAACUCCACUGUCAGGAUGGCACCUAUGGUCUUGACUGUAAAGAACAUUGUGACUGCAGUCAUGCCGAUGGAUGUCACCACUCUACUGGUCACUGCCGCUGUCUGGCUGGAUGGACUGGUAUCCAUUGCGACAGUGUGUGUGCAGAGGGACACUGGGGCCCAAACUGCUCCCUCCCCUGUAACUGUAAGAAUGGAGCUUCCUGCUCACCUGAUGAAGGAACCUGUGAGUGUGCUCCAGGAUACAGAGGCACCACCUGCCAGAGGAUCUGCUCCCCUGGUUACUUUGGUCACCGCUGCAGUCAGACCUGUCCACAGUGUGUCCACAGUAACGGACCGUGUCACCACAUUACAGGACAGUGUGAUUGUUUGCCGGGCUUCAAGGGGGCACUGUGCAACGAGGUGUGUCCCAGCGGUCGCUUUGGGAAGAACUGUAUAUGGAGCUGCAGCUGCACCAACAACGGCACCUGUAACCCCAUCGAUGGCUCCUGUCAGUGCUACCCAGGAUGGAUUGGUAGCGACUGCUCCCAACCAUGUCCGCCUGCUCAGUGGGGACCCAACUGCAUCCACACAUGUAAUUGUCACAAUGGAGCCUACUGCAGCGCAUAUGAUGGAGAAUGCAAGUGCACCCCAGGAUGGACCGGCCUCUACUGCACACAGCGCUGUCCUUUAGGUUUCUAUGGGAAGGAUUGUUCUCAGACCUGUCUGUGCAGGAAUGGAGCUGAUUGUGAUCACAUCUCUGGACAGUGCACCUGUCGCACUGGCUUCAUGGGACGUCACUGUGAACAAAAGUGUCCUCCUGGUUCGUACGGGUAUGGCUGCCGUCAGGUCUGUGACUGUCUAAAUAACUCCACCUGUGAUCACAUGACUGGUACAUGUUACUGCAGUCCAGGCUGGAAAGGAGCUCGCUGUGACCAAGCUGGUGUGGUGGUGGUGGGCAGCCUCAACAGUUUGACCAGUGCAGCCAUGCAUGUGGACACCUACCAGAUUGGAGCCAUUGCAGGAAUCAUUGUCCUGGUUCUACUGGUGCUCUUCCUCCUACUCCUCUUCAUCAUCUACAGGAAGAAGCAGAAGGGAAAAGAGCCCACCAUGCCAGCUGUGACCUACACUCCUGCUAUGAGGGUCACUGCUGAUUACACCAUCACAGAUGCUCACCCACCAACAUGUGAGGGUCACCCCAGCAACUACUUCUCCAACCCAAGCUACCAUACUCUGACCCAGUGCAUCAGUCCGUCACAUGUUAACAAUGGUCCUUAUGGAAAGACCAAGAACAACCAGCUGUUUGUGAACUUGAAGAAUGUAGAACAGCGAAAAGGGAAUCCUCUAACUGAUCACACUGGCACACUGCCCGCAGACUGGAAACAAGGGGAUUGCUUCAAUGAACUGGGAGCCUACGGAAUUGAUAGAAGAUACAUGGGCAAAUCGUUACGAGAUCUGGUGAAGGGCACACCAUAUCAUGCCAGUUCCUGUUCCCUAAACAGCUCUGAAAAUCCAUAUGCCACAAUAAAGGACCCUCCCUUACUUACAACCAGAAACACUGAGUGUGGCUACGUGGAAAUGAAGUCCCCAGCCCGACGGGAUUCACCAUACGCAGAGAUCAGCAACAGCAGCCCCAACAAUAACCGGAAUGUCUAUGAAGUUGAGCCGUCUGUAAGCACCAUCCCACCCACUGAAGACGGCCACACACAGUUUGGUCAGGAUCCAUACGAUCUACCAAAAAACAGCCACAUCCUCUCUCACUACGACGUCCUGCCAGUCAGAGAGAGUCCAUCAUCCGAGGUCAAAGAGCUGGACGGUGAAUGAUGGCUUAGUGACUCAGCGCAGAGUUCAAGUCUCCAGUCAACAGCUCCAGCAUGGGAUGUUCCACAAACAGACACACUUUAUAUCCACAUCAUCGUUUUACCUGUUUCUAGCUGUUAUACUUUGACAUUCUCAAUGUCAUUAUGUUUCAUGACUUCAAAGUGGGUAUAAAA